UAAAUGCUCGUCAAUGCUCAUCGCGCCGUGUGGCGCCGUCGAGUUUGAGAAUUAGGAGAGGAACGGCUGUAUUCGAUAAAUGUCAUGAGCGUAUUUUGGAAAUCCUGGAGGAACGUCCAGAAGGUGGAACCGACGGAUUCAGCGAUCAUGAAGAGUGUGGACAGCAGCGUAGAUGACUUUGACAAGCUGUCUGACUUCAAUCCAAAUUUAUUAAUCAUGAAGAAGAAUAUGUUGAUGAACUCUUGCACAAAGUGCCAUAAUAACAACAACAAGAGUUUCUUGCUGCUAGAUGGACAGGAGAAUCUACAGAUCUCCGACGUAGAAGAGUUUCUGAAAAAGUUAAACUGUACAGAAAACAAUAUUAAAGUCAAAGUUGUUUCGAUAUUUGGAAAUACAGGCGAUGGGAAAAGCCAUACUAUGAACCAGAUAUUCUUCAAGGGCGAGGAAGUAUUUCAAACAUCCAACGAGCAGAAUUGUUGUACAUUAGGAGUCUGGGCAGCGUUUGAUCCAAUUCUCAAUGUUAUUUGCUUAGAUACGGAAGGUUUACAAGGUAUUACUAAUUGUGAAAACGAACGGACAAGAUUGUUACUCAAGGUACUCGCAGUCUCUGAUAUUGUGGUUUACGGAAUCCAUUCCGAAAGAUUAAACAGGGAUUUGUUCACAUUUUUGGGCGCUGCAUCGCGUGCUUACAGUCAUCACUUUAAAACCACUUUACAAACAAUAGGACAUAAAGGAGGAAUCUCUACCUCAUUGAGCACACUUGGACCAAGUGUUAUAGUGCUGCAUGAAACUAAACACACCAUACCUUUGAUCAACAAUGAAUUGGAAAGUGCAGAAGAUAUUCUGAAAGCUAGAUUUGCACAGAUGAGCCUAGAAAUUGGUGCUUUCAGCUCUAUUAAGUAUAUCGGUUUGCAAAUGGUAAACGGCACGACGGAUUAUGAACAAUUACGAUCCGCAAUUGAUAACGAAUUGAAUAACACGACAGUUCGCUCAGCCAGAAAACCACACCUAGUGUAUAAUAUACUUAAGAACCUGAACAAUCAGCUAUCAAGUGAAGUAGAAAAUGUUUCAAAUACUCUAUUCCCAGAACAGUAUUUUACUUGCUCUAUUAAAUGUCUAAGUUGUAAUAAUGGCUGUAACAAUAGUAUGGGACAUCUUAGUAAAGGAAAGCCACACAGUAGUAAUGCUAGGUGCAAAUUCCAGUGUCAGUAUGAAAAUUUGAUAUACAUAUGUAAAAGAUGUUACAAAAAUGGGAAUGAAAUUGAGGUGAGUAGACAGUAUUAUGAAGAUCAAAACAAUUGGUACAGUUUUGCUAAAAAUGCCUGGUCAGGAUAUGUUAUAAACUGUCCACACUGUGGCGAAAUAUACAAAAGCAGACAGUAUUGGUAUGGUAAUAAUCCAGAGGAUGUUGCUAUACGUAAAAAGAUUACUCAUGUCUGGAAUAUGUCAAAUCGUUCUGUAGCUUCUCAAAAUACAGCACAACGAGUUAUCGAUAGCGUUUCAUACAUCACUGAAGCCAUGACGAACGUUUCUCUGCAGCCGACGAAAGCGUUGAAAGCCUGGGCUGCAGAUCAAGUGGCACCGUCUUAUUGGCGACCGAACAAUGAGAUAAAACACUGCUAUCAGUGUAAAAUUCUACUCAGUCCAACAGAUGACAAGCACCAUUGUCGCGAUUGUGGAGAGGGCUUUUGUGCGCAAUGCUCGUCAAAAACAAAAUGCGUGCCAAAUAGAAAUUGGUACUCGCCCGUUCGAGUUUGUGACACGUGCUACGAGAAAGAGAUAAAUUGUUCCAGCGAUGAAUCCCUUGAACCUGUGGAAGAUGUCGGCGUGCGAAAAGUAACGGAGCACGUGAUGUCGACUCUUAAUGUCGUUGGAACAGUAUUCACUUAUUCCAAAUCCUUUAUAAAAGAUUCCGUUCGACCAUCUUAUUGGAUACCGGAUUCGGAGGUAGUUAAUUGUUGUGUUUGCGAACGAAAAUUUUCCGACAUACUUUCUCUACAUCAUUGUAGAGCUUGCGGACGUGGCGUGUGUCAGGAAUGUUCGCAACAUCGUAAACCUGUACCUCAUCGAGGAUGGGAUCAUCCUGUAAGGGUAUGCAACGCCUGCGUUUGAAAUCGUUGGACAUGUAUCUCUUAAAGAAAACAGUCCAAAAAUACAGAAAUCUUGGAGAAAAAAAAAUAUUCGUUUGAAAUGAAAUAAACUUACUUAUUUCACAUAAUGCUUGUAAGCAAGG